GCUGCCGGUCGCUGCUCGCCGAGGACGGAGGGGCCCAGGCGGAGAGAGAGCGACAUGUCCCGGCGCAAGCAAGCCCAGCCGCAACACCUCCGGGGCGGCCAGGAGGAGCGACGAGGCGGCCUCCUCCGCCGGGAUCAGCACGGCUCGGAGCACGGCGGGGAGCGAGAGGACUGCACCAGCGGGACUGGAAGUCCCCCCCAUGGCGAGGACACGCACGUUUGUGACAAAUGCUGCGCUGAGUUCUUCACCUGGGCCGAACUGCGGGAGCACCAGACGUCCUGCGCCGAGGAUCGCGCCGUUUUGAUCAUAAGGGAAAGCGAAGGGAUGCACUUUGACGGGGAACCUCUCUCUCCCGUCCCCAGCGUAGUGUCCAGUUACUCGUCUGCGGGGGACGCCGGCUUUGAGCUGGGAGAGACAGUCGUGACCGAUAAUGACAGUCUGGAUAAUGCAGAGGAAGGGCUGGAUGAAGCCAUGGAGCUUGGACAUGACCCACGGGACAAACACGCAAUCACCUCCAGCCCUCCGCUGCUAGAAUCCACCGUACCCACCCUGGUUUCAGCCACUUACAGCAUACCCAGCACCAAUGUGACUCUGGAGAUCCUUCAGAGCACCAGGGUGGCCGUCGCCCAGUUCUCCCAGGCGGUCGGCAGUAGCGUCGCUGGAGGGAAGGCCGCUUCAGCUGCCAUCCCCGUCAUUCUGGAGCACCUGCUCGCUCUGCAGCAGCAGCAAGUCCACCAGCUGCAGCUUAUAGAGCAGAUCUGCAGCCAAGUCGCCACUAUGAACAGGCAGCCAAGCCAGGGGGCGUUAAACCCAGUCUCCAGACCCCUGUCCAUCGCAGCUAACCCCUUCCCUUCAUCGAACCCCAUCUUGCCGCUGUCAGGAAGUACGCCCUCUAAUGUCAAUGACCAGGCUGCUGUUUUAGUGUCUGAAAAGUCACAAAGUCCCCGCUCAGAAACUAUAUGCAAGCAGUCGGUCUUUAGAGAUGCUGUAUGUUCUUCUGUUCCUUUUGAAAAUUCAACUCCAUUGCGCUCCACUUGCAGCAACAUCUCUGCACUGAUGUCUCCAUACACUGGCUUGCAUGCAAGCAACAUUAGCAGCUCUCAGACCCUGAGCGCCCCUAGUCCUCUCACCCUGGGCUCCCCCACUAGCUUCUCCUUCUUGCCUCAGAGCCCCCCCAGCAGCGUCAUCUUCCCAAAUCCCUUGGCCAGCAUCGCGGCCACGGCCAAUGCGCUUGACCCCCUUGCAGCCCUGAUGAAGCACAGGAAGGGGAAAUUACAGAAUGUGUCUUUGUUCGAAAGCAAGCCCGCCCCAGAGGAGCCUUUUUUCAAGCAUAAAUGUCGUUUUUGUGCCAAAGUGUUUGGCAGCGACAGCGCCCUGCAGAUCCACCUGCGCUCCCACACUGGAGAACGGCCCUUCAAAUGCAACAUCUGCGGCAAUCGCUUCUCCACCAAGGGCAACUUAAAGGUGCACUUCCAGCGGCAUAAAGAGAAGUAUCCUCAAGUUCAGAUGAACCCGUACCCCGUACCAGAGUAUCUGGACAAUGUGCCAACCACCUCUGGGAUUCCCUACGGAAUGUCUGUUCCCACAGAAAAACCUGUCUCUUCGUGGUUGGAUAGCAAACCUGUCAUUGCAACCCUGCCUUCCUCCAUGGGUCUUCCACUCUCCUCCACAAGAACCAGCAUGGGGGGCUUCAGUGAGCCUUCAAGUGUAGCACCAUCUGUUCCGUCCCUCUGCCAGCCAGCUUCUGCUGAGUGUGUGUCACCAUGCUGGAGAGGCUGUGAGGCUCGUUCGUCUCCACUUUUAGAGAAUCGGCUGUCACACCAUGAACUAGAAGGGUGUAAUAUUCUCAAAACAGAGGUGGUGCACCUGCCUCAAAGCUGCCCCCAGAUUCUAAGAGGCACUCCAGCAACCAGUAGCGCGGUACCAUCUAUGGCCUCCACGCCUGAACCUGUAGCAUCAGCGUCCCCUGCCUCCAGCUCCCUCUCGCCCCUACCAGUAAAUCCAGAAGAGGUGUCACUCUCCCCCGGUGACCCUCUGGACUCUAUGCAAACCUCGGAAACCUCAAAGCUCCAGCAGCUUGUGGAGAACAUUGACAAAAAGAUCACAGACCCCAACCAGUGCGGCCUGUGCCACCGUGUUCUCAGUUGCCAGAGCGCUCUGAAAAUGCACCACCGCAUUCACACGGGCGAGAGGCCCUUCAAGUGCAAAGUGUGCGGCAGGGCCUUCACCACCAGGGGCAACCUGAAAACUCACGUCGCUGUUCACCGAGAGAACCCGCCCGUCCAGGUGCAGCACUCGUGUCCCAUCUGCCAGAAGAAGUUCACCAACGCCAUAGUCCUUCAGCAGCACAUCCGCAUGCACAUGGUCGGGGAGACUCCAGAGUCGGCGCUGCUGGACAGGCUGCAGGAGUUUGAUGGAGAUAUGAAUGAGAUGAGCUUUGAUAGUCCCAGCAGUAAUGACCAAGACCUCACUGAUGAUGUUUCCAUGGAGGAGGAUGAUGCAGAGGAAGUACAUGAUGUAGACAAUGGGGCACUGUUCAAUUCCCCUAAAUCAUCACCUCCUGCUGAAAACCAAACAAGUCUGAUUGACUCCACAAUGAACCUCAGCACUUGCUUUGGCCGUAAAUCCUUCACAAACGUCUACAACGACUACGGUCAGCUGCAAAUUAAAUGCUCUGUGACGGAGAAAGAGAUGGAGAACCUGGGUGAACACAGCCCUGCAACUCCGCCUCUAUCGCCAGUACGACUGGCUGUAAACCACGGGAUAGACUCUCAAAAACAUUUUUUUGCCUCUGUAAAGAAAGAACAACUGCAAUCUCCUGCUUCUGUACUCUUGGAAAUAAGAGAGACGCAACCCACCAAACUGUGCGCAAAAGAAGAGAGGACUCACUGCGCAUCCAUCCAACCAAGACAAAUAGGGCUUCCCAGCCUGACCAACGCAUCUUCCAGGUCGAUAAAAAUGGAGGUGAACAGUCACACCGAGGGCCAGCACCCAUCUUUUGGUGUGCACAUUUCAACAACCUAUCCGUCGGUCACCAGCCCAGUAAUAUCCUCCCUGCUUGGUCCGGCGCCCCCUCGCCGCACACCCAAGCAGCACAACUGCAACGUGUGCGGGAAGAACUUCUCUUCGGCCAGCGCCCUCCAGAUCCACGAGCGCACGCACACCGGAGAGAAACCAUUUGUCUGCUCGGUCUGCGGCAGAGCCUUUACCACCAAAGGCAAUCUGAAGGUUCAUAUGGGAACGCACAUGUGGAACAACACACCAGCCAGAAGGGGCAGGCGGCUAUCCGUGGACAACCCCAUCGCACUCCUGGGCGGCGACGCAAUGAAGUUCGGAGAAAUAUUCCAGAAGGACCUAGCUGCCAGAGCUAUGAACGUAGACACAGGGUUUUGGAGCCGCUACGCCAGCGCCAUAACCAACAGCCUGGCCAUGAAGAACAAUGAGAUCUCGGUGAUUCAGAACCGAGGGAUCUCGCCGCUUCACCCGAUGACCGCAGUCGCGGACAGAAUGAAUGCUGCAGCCAGUCCAAUGGCAAGUCUGUCCAAAAACGGCAUGGAACUGGGAAACAGCAGGCAUUUUUCUAUGCUGAUUGACGACAGUAAAGAAAUUGGAAUCAACUGAUGCAAUCUAUUA